AUGCUGGGGAACCUGUCUUUGGAUGAGAGCAGCCUGGCCUCUGAUGGGUCCAACUUGACCGACCUGGCGCUGGAGACCAUCAGCCUCUGCCACACGGUCAUGAGGCCUUACUAGCCCCUGCUCCUUGUGCCUGGCUCUGCCCCCUUUAUUCUGCUGGGAAAGAAGAUCCUCCGACAGGUCACACCCGUGGUGUCAGGAUUCUAUACAGUGCGUCCCCAGGAAGGCCCCCUGCUCCUCUUCAGUAAUGAGGACCAGUGGGUGGGCGUUUACAUCGAAUACAAAUUCCAGACCCCCAUAGGCACCCACCUCCAAGGCUUGGCCAAUCACCUGGCCUGGAACAUAACGCCCACUGUCCAGAAAUCCAGCAUCACGGCCAGCGGGGAGAAGGCAGAGCUGGUGCACUAUGAGGUGCGGCUGCAAAUCCUGGGCCAAGCCUUCACAGAGGCCUUGAAAGACAAGACCAGCCCUAAGUCCCAGGAGCUUCGGGGGAUGCUGACAAGAUGGGCGAGGUGGAGGUGGGGAAGCAAGGAGCAGUAGGAGCAG